AUGCGUUCUGAACAAGUUAAGAAGAGUUACCAAUCGAUACAAGAUAAGGAGGAUGCUGUAAAUGGUAUUUAUUUUCAACGUGGACUGCGGUUUCAUAAUCAAAAUCGUCAACCUAAUAACCCUUCUCAAGCAUCAAAUUCCUUUAAGCGAAAAUUGACAAAUAUGAGUUUAUCUGGCGAUAAUUCAGGAAAUAGGUUAUCGAAUGAUAAUAAAAAACUACGAACAGAUGAAACUGGGAGGGAUGACUUUUACGAUGUUGACGAUCGAACGGGACGGAGUCAAAGAGAAUGUAUAAUUAAAUGUCACCGCUGUAACGGUAGUCACUUAUCAAUCGAUUAUAAGUGCCCGUUUUUAUUGGAUUAUCGUCGUGAAUUAGUCAACGAAUUGAGACGUCAUCCCGAACGUCUACCUGGCCACGUACAACUUUUUAUCCCUACACAAUGUCGAGAUAAACAUAAUCGUUCUAGCGUUCUUAUAAACAAUAAUUCAAAACAACAAUUGAAUCGUAUCACUAACACACCAGGUUUAAACGCAGCUACUCAUAUAUGGCCUCAGUUACCGAACAAGUUGGAUAUAGUAAUGGAUCCAAAUGUGAUGAAAAAGUUUGAUGAGGAAUUGAAAACAAUUAAAGAUAAUUUUAAUAAAGAGCUGAAAAGGUCAAACGAGAUUUAUGAAAAGAAAAUGAUUCAAUUUCGCGAAGGCUGGCAAUUAAUAUCUCAACAAGUAAAAAUUCAACAGAAAAUGAUCGCCAGUUUGUCGGCUAGUAUUAUUUCGACCGUCAUGCCAAUGGGAGCCAGUGUCCUUCAAAUAUUGUCGUCAAUCACUCAAAUCCUUCAGAACAAUGAGCAAAAUGAAACACUGGAAAAUAAUUUAAAUCAAAUGUCACAACAACUACUCAUCGAAAACAAUAAAUUUUGCGAAUAUCACACUUCAAUUCAAAAACAUCAGAAACAACUUACGACACUGAUUGAGAAACUAACAGCAGCUUCGAUCGAAGGAAUGGACUUACUCUUUUGCUCAAAUGAAUAA